AUGUCUUACCAACAAGAAAUUUAUUCUCUUGUCGCUGGGCCACUCGGUCAUAUCGAGGGACUCACCAUCACUGCCAACGCUACACCAGCAGUACAUUACUUUGGUGGUCUUCCCUAUGCAGCCCCACCAACAGGCCAGUGGCGAUUUCGCUCUCCUCGCAAAUUGCCCGUGGGGUAUACAUACGGUACGGCUUCUCAGCCCGGCCAAUUCACAAAGGGAACAUGGGUCUGUCCUCAACCCGCCAGCAGUAUUCCUCCAGAUCCCGCAGAUGUGAGCGAAGACUGCCUUCAGCUGAAUAUUUGCAUUCCAGCUCGCCCAGCUCCCCAAGAAGGAUGGCCUGUGUGUUUUUAUAUUCACGGUGGCUUUCUCCAGGUUGGUAACGCCAAUACACCGCCAGAGGCUCUGGUGCCGCUCCUGAGUGAAACCGCGUUUGGGGCCAUCAUGGUGCUGCCCUCAUACCGGCUUAAUGCUCUGGGCUUUUUGGCCGGCAAAGAGCUGGCAGCCGAAGCAAGUGUCGACGGAGAUACAACAGGCAACAUGGGUUUGUGGGAUCAGAGAGCGGCUUUGGAAUGGACAUACGAGAACAUCAAACAUUUUGGUGGCAAUUCAGCCAACAUCACCGUUGCCGGAUACUCUGCCGGAGCAUAUUCAACCUUUCAGCAACUGUCUCAUGAGUUGUUUUGCGAACCAGAGAAAAGCGCAAUCAUCCGGCGUAUCGCAAUGUUUUCCAACGGCCCCGGUACUGAACCCAAAACUCUACAGGAUGUGCAACCACAGUUUGACGAAUUUAUCACCAGACUCGGUAUUCCUUCAGAUCUUGAGGAUGACGCGAAGCUGGCUAAGCUACGAGAGGUCCCUUAUGCAAAGUUGAUCGAGGUACAGAGCAAAAUGAAGAUAUCAGAAUUCCGCGUUUUGGCUGAGGGUCAAUUCUAUCCAGCAUCUCUUUUGGACAAGAUUAACAAUGGGGAAUUCGCCAAAAAGAUGAAAACUCGUGGCAUCACCCUACUGAAUGGCGAGUGUCAGGAGGAACACACCAUGUAUCGUCGUUGGCGAACACCAACAGAAUCGUACGCUUCUGUUCAUCAGCGGCUAUCAUCAGAUUUUUCACCGAAGGUUACUGAAACACUUAUGAGUCAGUUUUGCGGCGCGGAUGAGCAAUUACCUGCUGGGAACAAGACCUGGCGAGAAUUUUUUGGUCGCCUCUACGCCAAUGUCCAAGUGCAUCUCCUCGAGCGUGGCUUCCAUGAUGCUCUUGUGAGAGGAGGUCUUGAAGCUGGUAAGGAUAUUCUUAGAUAUCGCAUCGAGAGACGUCUUGCAUGUGUUGAAGAGAAGAUACCUGCUCAUCUCGGUGUUACACAUCUGACUGACAUUCCCAUUUGGUUAUGGGGCACUGGGUACCAAGGUGGCUUGACUCGGGAAGAGAAAGUGUUCUUGAAAGGGUGGAAUGAGGGACUCGCUCAAUUCGUAAAUGGGGACGAUGUCAAUUGGGGGCCAGUUAAGGUAAACGAAGUAAGGCGAUGGAGGAGUGAUGGAGAGACGGAUGUUGUGGAAGACGAUUUGUGGGAGGAUGGUGUUGCCUUUUGGAAACUGAUCAACUCCAGUGGAGGGAUAGUCUAA